AUGUCGGUUGAAAUUAAAACUGAAAAAGUUCACCCAACUGUUUAUAUUGUAUUUUUAUCAUUGUUAUUAGAUUUGUUAGCAUUUACUAUGAUCCUGCCUCUUUUGCCUUCAUUAUUGGAUCAUUACAAAGCAAAUGAUGGUACCGGCCUAUAUCACUGGCUUUCCAACUCGAUUCGUGGAUUCCAGGUCUUGGUCGGUGCCCCAGAAAAAUUCAAUUCUGUUUUACUUGGAGGAGUCUUGGGCUCUCUGUUUAGCUUCCUACAAUUUUUAGCUGCACCUGUGUUCGGAGGAAUGUCCGAUGUGAUGGGACGAAGGAAAGUUAUGAUAAUAUGCCUUGUGGGAAUAUCACUGUCAUAUAUAAUUUGGGCUCUUUCUAGUAAUUUAAUAAUAUUUAUUAUAGCAAGAGUUUUGGGAGGAAUCAGUAAAGGAAAUGUGUCUUUAAGCAUGGCUAUAAUUACUGAUGUUUCAUCUAUUCAAACUCGAAAUAAAGGAAUGGCGUUAGUGGGAAUUGCGUUUUCAUUAGGUUUUAUCAUUGGACCAUUAAUUGGUGCAGUUUUUGCUGUUUGGGCUAAACAAAGAUCAGACCAGUGGUUCAUUGUACCAGCGUUGUUCGCUUUAUUAUUAUCACUGAUUGAUUUGGCUUUUUUUGUGUCUUUCUUCAAGGAAAGCUUACCCAAGGAAAAACGCGCCAAAGAUGUAGGAAUGACGUUUAAAAAAGUUAGAGAGUUGAUAAAUAUAAAAGAUUUAUUCCAAUUUACCGCAGUUACCGGAGUUCCUGAGCAGAAAAAGAAAAAAUUGCAGUUAUUAGGAUUGGUAUAUUUUGUCUAUUUGCUGAUAUACAGUGGACUAGAGUUUACUCUUACAUUUCUCACACAUCACGUCUUCAACUAUACAGCCAUGCAACAAGGAUGGAUGUUUUUUGUUAUAGGGCUUGUGAUGGCUUUGAUACAAGGUUCAUAUGUUAGACGAAUACAUCCUAGUCAAACCAAAGUAAUUGCAGUUAGAGGGCUGUGGCUGAUUAUUCCGUCCUUUAUUUUUGUAGGCAUAGCUUUUGAAUUCUUCAUAUUAUACCUUGGAUUGUUGUUUUUCUCUGUUUCAACAGCGAUGGUUGUUCCAAGUGUAAUGACAAUGGCUUCUGAAUACGGUACUGAACAACAAAAGGGUACCGUAAUGGGCAUUUUCCGGUCUUUGGGAGCAUUAGCUAGAGCUGUGGGUCCAAUUUUUGCCAGCAUAGCAUUCUGGAGUAUUGGAUCCAAAAUAACCUACAUCACAGGAUCUAUAUUAUUAAUAUGGCCAGCAUUAACAUUAAGUAAACUCAAUUAA